AUGGGCCAGGUUUUCGGCAAUACGAACAAUGUACACGGCGAAUAUUCAACGACCACGAGCAAAUAUGUUGGUAUUAAGUGUCCAGUAUGUAACAAAUUUGUGUUGCCCGACGAUAUUGAAUGCCAUUUAGUUAUGUGCCUCACCAAGCCGCGACUGUCAUACAAUGAGGAUGUUUUAUCCGAUGCCAAAGGCGAAUGUGUAAUUUGCUUAGAAGAUUUGAAUCCCGGUGAUAUUAUUGCACGAUUGCCGUGCUUAUGUAUUUAUCAUAAAGGCUGCAUCGAUCGAUGGUUCGAGGUGAAUCGAUCCUGCCCCGAGCAUCCAGGCGACUAG